AUGAAUACAACAUCGACACAUUUUGUUUCAUCGAGAAGGUUUGAAAUUUACGAGCCUCUUAACCAAAUCGGUAGUAUGUGGGAAGAAAGCUUCAAGAACAAUGGAGGCAUGUAUACACCGAGCUCUAUCAUAAUCCCGACAAACGAAAAACCAGAGAGCUUGUCAGAGGAUACUUCUCAUGGAACAGAAGGAACUCCUCACAAGUUUGAUCAAGAAGCUUCCACAUCUAGACAUCCUGAUAAGAUACAAAGACGGCUUGCACAGAACCGCGAGGCCGCUAGGAAAAGUCGUUUGCGCAAGAAAGCUUAUGUUCAGCAACUAGAGACAAGCCGGCUGAAGUUAAUUCAUUUAGAGCAAGAACUCGAUCGUGCGAGACAACAGGGUUUCUAUGUUGGGAACAGAGUAGAUACCAAUGCUCUUGGUUUCUCAGAUAACAUGAGCUCAGGGAUUAUUGCAUUUGAGAUGGAAUAUGGACAUUGGGUGGAAGAGCAGAACAGGCAAAUAAGUGAACUAAGAACGGUUUUAUACGGACAAGUUAGCGAUAUGGACCUUGGUUUGCUAGUAGACAAUGCCAUGAAACAUUAUUUUCAACUCUUCCGAAUGAAGGCAGCCGCUGCGAAAAUUGAUGUCUUUUACAUCAUGUCGGGGAUGUGGAAAACUCCAGCAGAGAGGUUCUUCAUGUGGAUGGGAGGCGGAUUUCGACCCUCGGAGCUUCUCAAGGUACUAUUACCGCAUUUCGAUCCUUUGACGGAUCAACAACUUUUGGAUGUAUGUAAUUUGAAGCAAUCAUGUCAACAAGCGGAAGACGCUUUGUCUAAAGGUAUGGAGAAAUUGCAGCAUACAUUAGCAGAUAGUGUAGCAGCCGGAAAACUCGGUGAAGGAAGUUAUAUUCCUCAAAUGACUAGUGCUAUGGAGAGAUUAGAGGCUUUGGUCAGCUUUGUAAAUCAGAUGUAUCGGAUCUUAACCACGCGACAAGCGGCUAGAGGAUUGUUGGCAUUAGGUGAGUAUUUCCAACGGCUUAGAGCUCUGAGCUCGAGUUGGGCGACUCGGAAACGUGAACCAACGUAG